AUAAACAUCUGUAACCUGUCACCUCCAGCAACAAGUUGGAGACGCCCUCCAGCUUCAAUGGAUCACUCUCUUGGGGCAGACAUUUUGAGAAUGAGGCAUUUCAGAAAUUCCCUGUAUGCGCAUGUCACGAAGGCCUCCAUUGAUGAAACCAGCUUCAAUAGCAAUUGGAAUGAUAUUCGAGAAGUGUUACUGAGACUAGGAGGGGCGAAGUAUGACGAAGUGAUAAGAAAAAUGAAAACUGAGUGCAUGGAUCCUGAUGCUGAAGAAGUUUACAAAAGCCUUUUAAAAGAAUGGCAAAAACAAGAUGAUGACAUUAGAGAUCAAGUCAAAUCGAUUGACGAUAAAACGGAAAAAACCCAUGAGUUACUGCUCGAUUUAAAAGACCAUGUAGUGUCUCUAGGAGGUAUCCCAGGUAGGUCUAUCAAACUGUGCAACUAG